CACAUCUGAUACAGAAACCGAGGGAAGAUCCAACAUCCGGAUCCGAAAUGCAGCGCUCAGCGGUUAUUUUUGUUCUGGCGUUCUGCACGGCCGCCUGGGCUCUGGAUAACGGGCUGAUGAGGACCCCGCCGAUGGGAUGGUUAGCCUGGGAACGUUUCCGCUGCGACACCGACUGUCUGAACAACCCCGACAACUGCAUCAGUGAGAAGCUGUUCAUGGAUAUGGCUGACAGACUGUCGGAGGACGGCUGGAGAGAGCUGGGAUACGUCUACAUCAACAUCGACGACUGCUGGUCCUCAAUGCAGAGAGACAGUCAGGGCCGACUGCAGGCCGACCCCAAGAGGUUUCCGCAUGGCAUCGCUCAUCUGGCGCAGUACAUUCAUGACCGCGGCCUGAAGCUGGGCAUCUACGGAGACAUGGGCACUCACACCUGCGGCGGAUAUCCAGGAACCACGCUGGACAAGAUCGAGACGGACGCGCAGACCUUCGCCGACUGGGGCAUCGACAUGCUGAAGCUGGACGGCUGCUACUCAAACUCAUCCUACCAGGAACAGGGCUACCCAAUGAUGUCAAAGGCCCUGAACGCUACGGGCCGUCCCAUUGGCUACUCCUGCAGUUGGCCCGCCUAUCAGGGUGGCCUCCCGCCGAAAGUGAACUACACGCUGCUGGGUCAGAUCUGUAACCUGUGGAGGAACUACGAUGAUAUCCAGGACUCAUGGGACAGUGUGCUGAGCAUCGUCGACUGGUUCUUUGAUAAUCAGGACGUUCUGCAGCCCGCAGCCGGACCUGGCCAGUGGAACGACCCCGACAUGCUGAUCAUUGGAGACUUCGGCCUCAGCAUGGACCAAUCACGUGCUCAGAUGGCUCUGUGGGCGAUCAUGGCCGCGCCCCUCUUCAUGUCUAACGAUCUGCGUACGAUCAGCAGCGGCGCUCGUGCGAUCCUGCAGAAUAAGAUCGCCAUCGGCAUCAGUCAGGACCGCUUGGGCAUCCAGGGCAGACGCCUGAUCAAGGAGAAGAGCCAGAUCGAGGUGUUCUGGCGGCCCCUGGCUAAAGGAUCCAGCGCUCUGGUGUUCUUC